GCCCGCCUCCCUACUUGUGACAGGGCCAUAGGACACCCGUGUGAAAAGAAAAAUGGAUGCCUGAUGUAUGGCCAGGACCUGCUCGUCAAGCAAAGCACUGAUGAUCUACCGCUCCGCCACACCAGGUAUGGUCUCGGCGUGUCAUGGGACCCUGGCGCCCGACCCGUCGACCUUGACUUGCAGGCGGUGGUGGUGGACGACAAGGGGUGCAUCAUUGAUGCUGUGUACUACAAUAACAUGAAGGCUCUUCGGGGGUGCGUCACACACUCCGGGGAUGAGCAGACAGGACGCAAGGCUGCCCUGGACGAAAUGAUUUGGGUGAACUUGCCCAAGCUGCCAGACAAUGUGAGGCUCCUCAUCUUUGUGGUGGCGGCCUUCAGCGGCGGCAGCCUACGGGAUGCCCAAAAUGGGCGGCUGCACGUUCUGGAGGAGAGCGCCAGCAAUGAGGUAGGCAGCUAUCAGCUGGAGCAGAGCGCUUACGAAGUGGAUGCCGUGGCUGUAAUGCAGCGAUGUGACACAGGUUGGCGGCUCCGAAUCAUCGAAGAGCCUGCGCGGGAAGGUCGACAUUUCAUUGACAUCCUCGAGCCGGUGCUGGGGAACAUCAUCCGCGCUGCGAUCCCCGGUGCCCCGAAACGGCAGAAGGUGGCCUUCGCCAUGGAGAAGGCUUCGGUGCUGGAUCUGCCACAAGCCCACUCCAUGGGCAAGGUCUGUGCUGGCUUGGGCUGGGACGUGUCACCCAGGGUUGGCGUGGACGUUGACCUGGACGUUUCUGCAGUGCUGCUUGACGCGGGCGCGGAGGCCCUUGGUGCGGUCUUCUUUGGGCAGUUGGAGGGCUGGGCCUUCAAGCACAGUGGGGACAACCUCACCGGGGAGGGCGCAGGAGAUGAUGAGGUCAUCGAAGUCAACCUCGUCGACAUACCCGCGCAGGUGGAGCAAGCCUUCUUCGUGGUGAACGUGUACACACGUGGCGUGACCUUCGAGCAGAUCGACCGCGCAUACUGUCGAAUCUUUGACAGCUCUGGAGAAGAGCUGGCUCGCUUUGUGUUGCAAGAUGGGCGCGGCGAGUGCGGGCUUAUCAUUGGUCGGCUGUUCCGGGAGUUUGCCGGUGAUGCUGCUCGCUGGGGCUUUCAGGCUCUAGGCAGCUUCUGCAAGGGCCAGACAUGGAAGGACUCUGUGGCGGCCAUCAAAGCUCUUGCAAGGAGGAGCCCAAAAGAGUUGCAGACGCGUAGCGGCACCAUGAGCUUUCCGUCCCGAGCGGAGCCGGCCGCGCCGGCGCCAGUGCCCGCGCCCGCGCCUGCCGAGGCACCGAAAUCCAGCGCCUGUGCAGUCAUGUAGUCCAGCGAAUCGACGCGAAUCGAUUAUUUUUUUUGCCAGCCGAAGGCUGGGCGUAGGACUCGUAGUGGCCCAAAGCAAGGCCGAAAGCAUUCAGUGCUCCGCAGACCUUCAUGACAUAGAACCUUUUUCUGGAGGUGUCACCAAAGGAGACCCUCCACAAAUGAUGGUCAUGUCAAUAAGGGAGUAUUUCUUCAAUCCAUCAACCAGCAAGAUCAAA